AGAUGUUAGUGUGAGAAUAGAGACAGAAACCUGUGGUAGGUAGGAACUGAGACUCUGCGCUGCUGUUUCCUCCGGAGCCUCCGGAGCGUCACGGACGGCCGGAAGUGGUCGCAAAUUUAAACAGCCGCCACAGCGACAAUAAAGACGAACUUUGACUUUACGGCGUCAAAUGAGCUCGAGUGCGGGGAGAAGCUGAAGCGGAGGCGCACGGAGGAUUUGUUUCAGGUGCAGUCGGAUCAGAAUUGGUCCAAGCUGCAGGCACCGGUAUGGAAGAAGAAAUAAAGAUGGCCGAGACAGAACAAGGAGAUGAUGCAGGCAAAGAGGGAGAGUCCAGUGCAGACAUAUCCAUCAACAGCAGUCCCAUCAAAAGAAGAAGGGGGAGGCCACAAGGUUCGAAGAAGCUGAAGGUUUGUGUAACGGACGUCAACCUCAUGGAGCUGGUGUCAGGCAUUUCCAACGGUGGGUCCACGCAGCCCCAGAGAGGAAGAGGGCGUCCAAAACUCUUGAUUACAAAACACACAGAGCAGGAGGUGUCGGGGGACGACCAUGCUCUUAAUUCUGUGCCAACUCACAGAGGUAAAGGGAGGCCCAAAGGGUCCAAGAACAAGACCAGUAAAGAAGACAGUACACCUAAGAAAAGAGGCAGACCCAAAAAGUCUCUCAGCAAUAACACCCCUGGGACUGAACAAUUACCCAAUGGUGGCUCUGUGCCACCAAAAAUGAAAAGGGGUCGUCCAAAAGGAUCCGUGAAGCGUGUGUCAGAAAGUGGUAAAGAGGGGGAAGGCAGUUCUGUAAAAAGGAAAAGAGGCCGACCAAAGGGUUCUCCUAACAAGAAACCCAGACUGCAGACAGAGGUGAGCAGCGAGGGGGAGGCGGAUACUGACGGAAGCCUAAACUCACCCACAGAAAGGGUGGGAGGUCGGCUCAGGUCAACACAGUCAAAUGGCAUCUCGGACACGCCUAAGAGACGGAGGGGAAGGCCAAGAAAAAACCAAGUCACAGAUGGCUCCCAGCCGGUUAAAAGAGGAAGAGGUCGACCCAAAGGCUCUUUGAACAAGAAACGCCCUGCUUCUAAGGUGCAAGGUACGAUAAGCCGGUCUCAGAGAGUACAGGUCAGACCCCUACGACUAACAUCCUCACCACCAUCCAAGAGGGGAAGGCCAAGGAAGAACCCACUGCCAACACCUGUGGAGCGGAACAAGCCAAAAGUAUGGAAACCGCUCGGACGGCCGAGGAAGUACCCGCGUGUUGAUCCUCCAGAGGGCGCUCCGACAGCCCCUCGCAGAAGUCGCGGUCGGCCUCGCAAGUCCGAGUCCAAGAAAGGUGCGCACCUGCGCAAGCGUUUGCCCGCCACAUCCUCACCGAGCAACCCUGACCGUGCAUCCCAGAGAAAAAGCGGCCAGGCUCUAAGUACUGCAAAAAAUGAAGCUGUUGUACCGCGGAAACGGGGACGUCCGAAAGGUUCAGUAAACAAAAAUAAAGCUAGAGUUGAAACAGAGCUGGACAGAGCGUCAGCAGACGGUUCAAAAGAAAAGAGCGAUGCUCCUGCUGUUGAGGAGGAACAUGAAGCAGAACCAGCAGAGGAGGAGGUGGAGCGCGACGUGCAGACGACCUCCACCGAGCACGUGGGCAAUACUGAAGACAUGCUCAUCGAACAAGACGCAAACUUUGAAGUCAGUGACCAGGCUUGAUGAACUGACCAAAAAGUUGCUGUAGUAGUUGUUUUAAAACAUAGAAUCAAUCUUUGUCAAUGAAAACAUGUUUUUAACAUUUUGUCGGUCGGGUAGAAAAGCAGGAUCAGCGGCUCCUUUCCUGACUAACUUGUUCAUUUUGUUUUAAAAAAAAAAAAAAGAUUCCUUUAUUUCUGUCAUCUGAGUAAGCAGUACUAAAAGUCUUUUACUAGAACUGGUAUGUAAAGUAUUAUUAUAGACUGUUCCAGUUUUCAUUUAGCUUUCAGGUGUAUUGUUCGUCAGUUUAAACGUGACAGUAAAUCUGGUGCUGGGAAAAUGUUGGGAGAGAUGAGAGAGCAAAAAAAAACAAACAGCCGAAGUGGUGGCGUCACAUCCGCAGCGUCUGUAGCUCAGUGAAGUCUCUCACUGACUUUACUUAACUUAACUUUUAGGUCAAAUAAAAUUCCUGUUCAUGGAGUUUAUUUCCAUGAUAUUCUAGGAUGAACUUUUUGAAUUGAUCAAAGUCAAAUCAUGAUAUGAAACCAUAUGAGGUCUCUUAAGCUCUGAUAAGCUACUUUCAGACGUACACUGAAGUCGAGAAAUGUUCAUAGCAAAUUUAUAUUUUAAGAAAAGUUCUUAUCAAGUUGAUUUCCUGUGGUUCAUCAGUUACAUGUUAAAGGCACCUUAAACAGAAAUAAUGACAGCAACGAGAUGAGAUUCACACAAACCUGGACUGGAGUUUUAGUCAUUAACAUUAUUCUAAAUGUUGACGAUAUCUUUGAUUGAACUGAAACAGAAUCUGGAAGUGGCAGCUUCACUUCGGCUCUCGGUUGAGCGUCUGUUGGGAGAGUUUGAAGAGAAAAUAUGUUGAAAUGUUGUCUCUUUUUUUUGUCUAAAUGCCAUUUCACACUUGAUCUUGUCGUCACAUUUGUUUUGCCUUAAUUGUCAAAGCUUUGAAUGUAUCAUCAGUUUCUUUUUUAAUUUAGAUCAGUGAGUACUCGUGCACAGACCGGCCUCUUAAUGUUGUUCUGUGAAAUGCAUUCCUGGACUGGACAUUUGGCCUUCCUGCCGCUCUGUAGAUUUCCUCCUCCACUUGAAGCAUUUCAGUUUUGAGUUAAAUGUGUUUUCCACCCUGUCCUCCGUUUGCUUGUAGCUGUGAAACUUUUUAUUUUUUUAAAUAACUUCAUGAGAUUAAGGUGAUUGGGUUGAAUCCAUUUCUUUGCUUUUGAGCACCUUGUGUAAAUAUAUUUCGCGUGACAUGACUUGUACAUUAUUACUCAUAUUAACACCUCUGUGGCCGGGUCAAACAUGAACGUUUCCAAAAUGCCAAAUUGUGCUUCUGUGUGUCCAGUUCUGUAAAAAAAAAA